AUGUCAGGAAAAAGUAAAGCUCUUUUCCAUGCCGCAUUCUUCUCGAUGUUUGUCAUUGUGGCGGUUAAGGAUUAUCAAGUCUUAAACGGACAAUAUCUUCCUAUUCCUUACAACUUCUUUUCGAGAUUUGUUUGGUUGACCUUAAUUGAUUUGUAUGCCCAAAUUUUCUAUCAUUUUUAUGGGUUCAUCAAGGCUCUUUCUUCACCGAAUCAAAAUGCCAGAACAUUUGAUUAUAUGGCUCGUGUAAUUGUCGGUCCUAUUGGAGUGGCUGUUACCGUUUUGUUCUGGACCCUUUGGAUUUUUGAUCCGGCGACUUUAGCCAAAGAUGAAAUGGCGAAGAAAAUUCAUUCUAUUCAGUGGUUCAACCAUGGAUUGCAUACACUUCCGUUAAUCUCUUCUCAUUUGGACGUGUAUCUCUGGAAACAUCAGACAUUUCCGCAACCAACGGUUAUGAAGGGAAUAAUGGCGUUCUGUGUUCUGUAUGUUAUCGAUAUCCACGCCGUCUAUUACAUUUCUGGUUUCUGGGCUUAUCCAAUUCUCGGACAACUAGCUCCUCCAUUCCGAAUCUUCUUCAUCGUUAGCUGCAUUUUCAUUGUCUUCAUUUGUCAUAUUUGGUUGUCUUCUUUCGAUCUCGCCGUUGAUACCGUUGCUGGACGCAGAACCAUUAAAGCAAAACGUCGUUAA